CGAGGGAAACCGUAAGUGGAGCGCCGCAGGUGAAAGUUCGGGGUCCUCUGGCUGGGGCCCAGGUGGGGUUGGGCUGGCUCCAGACGGGACUGAGAAGCCGUGGCGCAGACCGAGCCAGCAGAUCGAGGCCACCGAUGGCCAGGAACCCCCCUGAGGGCACAGGCCCCAUGCACGUGCCUUUUGGGCAUGUCGUGGCCAACGAGAAGUGGCGUGGGUCGCAGCUCGUGCACGGGAUGCAAGGGAAAAUUAAAAUCGUUUUUGAGGAUGGCCUGACACCGGUAGAUUUUUACCUGUCAAGCAGAUCUUGCAUUCUUUAUGUCACUGAAGCUGAUUUGGUGGCAGGAAAUGGCUACAGGAAGAGGCUUGUUCGGGUUAGAAAUUCCAGUAAUCUUCAAGGGAUUGUAAUAGUUGAGAAAACGCAGAUGAGUGAACAAUACUUCUCAGCCAUACAGAAGUUUACUGUGCUGGACCUUGGGAUGGUGUUGCUUCCAGUGGCCAGCCAGAUGGAAGCAUCCUGCCUUAUCAUCCAGUUGGUUCAAGAACAAACCAAAGAGCCCAGAAAGAACCCUUUCCUCAGUAAGAAAAGGACUCAGGUCCCUGAGCUAUCCCUCCUUCGAACGGUGCAACAGAUCCCAGGAGUUGGAAAAGUUAAAGCUCCCCUUCUGCUUCAGAAGUUCCCAAGUAUCCAGCAACUAAGCAAUGCUUCCAUCCGAGAACUGGAGCCAGUCGUGGGACAAGCAGUCGCCCAGCACAUUCAAGAGUUCUUCACACAGCCCCACUGACGGCUCUUCUCGGCUCUUCUCGCAGCAUGUACUCCUCUUGGACCAUGAGCUACUGGAUCUUGAUCUUGUUUGGUUUUCGUAUUUAAAAAUGGAGAACAAAGACUUUCCUUUCACACCACCUACUGAGUGAGGGGGUGAGGCCUGUAUGGAAAGUGCCAGUUGCCCUGCCUUGCUCUCUGGGUUCGGGUGUUUAAGUUAGUGGGCUCCAGAUAGCACAGCCCUCACUCUGCUAAUGGAAGAGGAGGCGUGGAGGGCAUGCCUGGACUGCUCAGUCAGUAGAGCAUGUGACUCUUGAUCUUGGGGUUGGGACUGAGCCCCAUGUUGGGGGUAGCCAUUCCUUAAAAACAAAAUCUUCAAAACAAAACAAAAAACCAGGGGGCCUGGGUGGUGCA